CGUCCAGCCUCAGCCCUCUCACUCUCCAAAUGUUCACUGUGUGCGCUCUCUCCGGCUCAUCUUGGCGAGCUGCGGCUUAAAGCAGACACUUCUAGACGUUAAAGAGAGGAGAGAAGCAGGAACAGAACCGGAGCACACACCGGAGUUGUGAGCGUUUCUGGGGGGAACAGUUUGGGGAGGUUUUACGCAUAGCGCAGGAUGCAGGCGCGCUACUCCGUCUCCAGCCCCAACUCUUUGGGAGUUGUUCCGUACAUCAGCAGCGACCAAAGCUAUUACCGGACCGGCGGGGGAUACACCGGGAUGCCUGCCCCCAUGAGCAUGUACUCCCACGCUGCCCACGAGCAGUACCCGGCCAGCAUGGCCCGUGCGUACGGGCCGUAUACGCCGCAGCACCAGCCGAAGGACAUGGUGAAACCUCCGUACAGCUAUAUCGCCCUCAUCACCAUGGCCAUCCAGAACUCCCCGGAGAAGAAGAUCACCCUGAACGGGAUUUAUCAGUUCAUCAUGGAGAGGUUUCCCUUCUACCGGGACAACAAGCAGGGCUGGCAGAACAGCAUCAGGCACAAUCUGUCCCUCAACGAGUGUUUCGUGAAAGUGCCCCGGGACGACAAGAAGCCCGGGAAGGGCAGCUACUGGACCCUGGACCCGGACUCCUACAACAUGUUUGAGAACGGUAGCUUUCUACGGCGCCGGAGGAGGUUCAAAAAGAAGGACGUUCAGAGAGACAAGGACGACAGGCAGAGUAAGGACCCCUCUGCCCGCACCCCGGGAAGGGAGCAGGACCCACCGGGACAGGGCUCCCAGCCAGUACGGGUCCAGGAUAUAAAGACUGAGAAUGGGACUGCAACGCCUCCGCAGGCCGCUUCUCCAACUCUGAGCACCGUGCCAAAGAUCGAGAGCCCGGACAGCAGCAGCAGCAUGUCCACAGGCAGCCCGCACAGCGUGCCCUCCACCCGCUCACUCAGCAUGGACGGACCCGAGCAGCACCACCACGGCCAGGCCGCGGCGCAGGGCUUCAGCGUGGAUAACAUCAUGACCACCCUGCGGGGGUCUCCGCAGGCCGAGCUCUCCCCGCCUCUCAUCGCCUCCUCGCGGACAGGUAUCACCCCCUCACUGUCGCUCAACUACUCACCCAACCAGACCUCCGCGUACAACUCCACCACCUGCAACCAGAAUGUCAUCUCCACGAACUCCAGUGCCACCUAUCACUGCAACAUGCAGGCCAUGAGCCUGUACGCGGGGGACAGGUCCUCCGGGGGACACCUGGCGCCGUCCACCACCGUGGAGGAGGCUCUGCCCGACUAUUGCAUCACCACGACCACCGCGUCCCCACUCGGACACGGAAACCUGAGCCAGGCGGGCCAGGACGGCCACCACGGGCACCAGGGACGGCUCGCGUCUUGGUACGGGGACCUGAGCCACCUGAGCCCAGGUUACCCGGCGCAGCAGCAGAACUUCCACUCAGUGCGGGAGAUGUUCGAGUCUCAGCGGAUCGGGCUGAACGGCUCCCCGGUGAACGGGAAUAGCAGCUGUCAGAUGGCCUUCCCGUCCGGUCAGUCCCUGUACAGAACCUCAGGAGCGUUUGUUUAUGACUGCAGCAAGUUCUGAGAGCCGCGGCGCCUUUAAAUUAAUAACUCUAAUAUAUGUUUUAUAUUUUUUUGUACUUUUGGUCUUUUAUUCUCACUCCGAAUGGACAUAAAGAGAUUCAGACUUUUUUUUUCUGUCGAGGCGUUUGUAACACCACAAACACGUAAGUUUUCUUCCUCCUCUCACUUUGAGACUUGUUUAUAAAGAUGCUCAGAUACCAGCUUCUGUGACUAUAGACUGUAAAUUAUAGCCUAAUAUAGUAAUUUAUUUUGUAGAGAAAGGGAGUGGUUGGAUGUUGAGGACCAAACACUUUAAAGUUUUCCCAGUUUUCUUAUCGCUGCCUUUAUUCCUCCCCCUUCUUGUAUAGAAAUAGAAAGGGGGCCGUGUAGUCUGUUACUGACUUAUUUUAUUCUUUUUUUUUUUUUUGUCUUAUUUGUUAAAUAAGUAUUUUUGAAGGCAUUACAUUUUGUUUGUUUAAUAAAGUGCCGUUUAUUUGAUCCUAA